AUGAGACCGAUAAAGCUCGUGGCGUUCCUCAGCGCUGCUGCUAUAGCACAACAGACAGCCCAAGAAGUGCAUCUCUUGCGACGACAGAAUACAGCCUGCCAACUCACUCCUCAAUCCGACUUCAUCAGCGACGAGCAAUACGGUGAUGCUGGACUGGCCUUCGAUGACAAGCUGCUGCCACUGAUGAAACAACUCAUGUGCGAAGAGCUUUGCCCUGUUCAGGGUGAUGAUUGUCACUUGGCCGUUGAGCCUGUGCCGGGUGUCAGACUGAGGUUUAGCAGACGGCACGAUGGGGGUCUCAACUCAUGCGAAGACGAUGCUUGGAACGACAUUCUUGAUUGUAUGCGUGGGAAUCCCCCUUUGAGCGGAGGGCGCACUGUGGUCGAUCAGACGACGUACGACAUGUAUUUCGAGAAAAUCGAGCCCCCACCGUCGUGGACAGAUGAAGAGGAGGAGGGCGACGGCAGCAAUCCUCCGGAGAACGCUCCUACUGGGACUUUCCUCCCGAUGUAA